CAAUUUUAGAGAUUCAACAGGGAAUAAAUAGGAAGUUUCUUACUAGAACUCUGUGUUUAGUUUGAUAAAGCAUUGUAAGGUCAAGGUUGAAACUGAUUCAUCUGUCUUCCGGAACAAGGUCUCAAGGUCAGAUCAUAUUGUGAACAUCCCAGAGGAUUUACAGACAUAAAUUUAAAGAUGCAUCAGAAAGGAACUUCAUAGAGGUCUACAUGUGGAACCUCGGAAAUCUUGCAAGAAUAUCUGAGUUCACAAUUAGAAGAUGUAGAUCUACAUGAGUUUUACCUUGACGUAAGUCAACCAGAAGAACUUCAUGACUUUCCCCUUUUGCGCAAAGUUGUAGAAGGCAUGUCAUAUGAGGAGGUUGAAAGGACACUAAAACCUAUGGAAAUUCCUGAUAAUCACCAAUCAUUAGAGAGAAAAUGUAAUGGUGUUCAAGAAUCAAGAAAAACUCAAGCCCUCUCUGACAUCCACGAGAAAGUGGUUUCACAAGGAAAAAAAAUUCCUGAAGAAGAUUCAUCAGAGAAAGACUCUAGAGGCAGCAUCGAACCUUACAGAAACCUGAAUGUGACCACAGAACAUACAGCAGGAAAAGCUUUGCUUGAUCAGCCAGAUAACCUGCAUUCAGAGGAAGAGAAAGCUGCAGCUGUUAAAAUUGAUUCACCCAAUUUUGCAAAUCAGAUGACAAGAAUAUUCACUGAAGAAAGUCAGGUUACCAAAUCAUCACCAGAAAGAUAUUUGCCAGAGUAUUUCCCAAAAUCAUCAAUAAAUGACAAGGCAGACUGUCAAAAUUUCUACUCUGUCCGUAGAAUUAUUGGUGUACCCAGUUCACACAGUUUUGUGCAAAAUGCUGUAGGAGUUAAAAGUAAUCUAACUCAAACGUCACACCAAGAAGAUUUAAUCUUAACCAGUGUCUCGGAACCAGAGUUACAGUCACCAAAUUUGUAUGCCCCUCAAAAGCUUUCAUAUAAUUUUGGAAGGGUGUCAUCUCUACCUCCGAAUCCUGAAACAAGCCCCUGUGGUCUAGUCCUGUUACAGACUCAGGCACAGCAAAACAAGCUUGUGCCAAGUCAAUACAUUCAGAGUUAUAAUAGGGUUAUAAUUGCUGAACAAAUAUGCGGAGUUACAGAUUCUGCUCCUGCUCAGAUAGGAAGUAGAAAUCCAAAUAUUCCUGUACUCACGGGUCAGCCUCCAUAUUCUGGUUCUGGUCAGAUAGGAAGUAGAAAUCCAAAAAUUCCUGUACUCAAGGGUCAGCCUCAAUAUUCUGGUUCUGGUCAGAUUUCAGCUUCAAACUCGCAGCAUUUGAAUGUAUACAAACGUCCACCAGAUAAGGGCUAUAAAUGCUCUCAAUCUGUUAUACAUGGGCUGAAAAUGACACUGAAAAAACGUAGUACAGGUGAAAGGCACCAGCCUUAUACAGACCAAAAACUUACUAAAUUGUUGCCAAUUCUGGAUGAGAUUAGUACUCCUUUCCAACCGCCUUGAUAGCCUAGUGGUAGAGUGUCCGCUUCGAGUGCCGGAGGUCGUGGGUUCGAUCUCAGUAGCUCCCUUGCUUGGUGCUCAGCAUUAAAAGGGAAACUGGGCUUUUCUCUCAUACCUUCUUGGCGAUGGAUUCCAUUAGGAAUGAGGUGUCGAGAGUGAUUAGUAGAAGUUAUAGAACUUCCUUCACAAUCGACUUAAAAUAAAUUAUGUAUAAACUAACCUUCUUGAGUCAGUUAGUCUGUGCCAGAUUGUCCAAAAAUAUGAGUUUGUGAUUUUUUUUCCUAUAUUUUACGAAGUUGUGUUUUUCUUAAACUUUAAACAUCCAGCAUCUUAAAAUCCAUUGGUAACAUUUUUUAACAUCAUUAUUUUGGUUGCCAUCUUGAUUUCAAAACGUCUGCCUCAAUUUAUGCUAUUUCCCAUAUUCUUAUUAAUUAAAUUUCUCUAAAAUGUACUGUAUGCACUGUGUAUACUACAUAAAUGCCAAAGUAUAUUUUAAACAAGUUUAAACAGAACAUUUAAUUCUAUAUUGUGUUUUUAAAAUGGAGUUAUUUGUGCUUAAAGGGAGAUAAAUCAGUUGCAAUUUUAUAAAUUUUGUAUAAUUUGUAAUAUCUUCAAAAUAGAGAUAUGACAUGAUUCAGAAUAAUUUAUGUUUUUGACAAGGUAUGUCUGAAUAGCAACUUUUCUGAAAAGCUGCAGCCCUUCUGUGUUUUUUUUUAAUUUUAUGUCACAGCAAUCUACUGUAUCCAACCUUCCAGGAUGAUAGAAAUCUUUCUGAAUCAUUAGCAACCUUUGUGAAUAAGUAUCAACCUUUAUGAAGCAUUGGCAACCAUUUUAACCUUUUUAAAUCAAUGGCAAAACCUUUCUGACCUUUCUGUUAAGUUCCAGUUUUAAGUGAUUAUUUUUGGUGUGAAGUAGACCUCUGUCUGUUAAAUAUAGUGAACAGAAAAAACAGUUGAAACUGAAUUCAUCUAUCAAAAUACAGUAAAAUGCCUUUUACUGUCAAAAACAGUUUUUGUCACUUAGUAAUUGAGCCACACCAUGUGAAUACCAACAUAGUGCAUUUGCGACCAGCAUGGAUCCAGACCAGCCUGCACAUCCGUGUAGUCUGCUCACGAUCAAUGCUGUUCGCUUUCAAAGCCUAUUGCAUUUGGAGAAACCCUUAGCGAACAACAUGGAUCCUGAUCAGACUGCAUGGAUGAUGUUGGUUUUCUCAUGGUGCAGCUCAAUUAUUUUUGCUGUUUUAUUCAGUAGGAGUGUAACAUACACUUUAAAGGAAAUUGGACAAAAUAACAUUUUAUCAUAGUUAUAUAUGAAUUAAAAGCUAUAAAUACAUUUAUAAAACUGAUGAGUAGACAAUAAUAAUUACUUCGUGUACUUCGUGUCAUUCAAAUUCUUGGCAGAAUCUAAACACAUUUUCCUUAGAAUAAAUAAUAGAAUUUUCAUUUCACUGUUACUGACUUUAACGGAAUAUCAUUACCAACUAAAUUUUGAUUAUGUCCCUUUGAUUCACCAUAAAUUGUCAAUGUAACAUUAAAAGCAUGUGCUAUUACUGUAAUGAUGUUAAAGAUCUAAUGUAAACUUACAUUGUGAAAAUUGUGUUAAAAGUGUAAAAACAGUAUUGACUGGUUAUAAAUUGUGUUGUGCAUGUUUUUAGCUCACCUGAGUUUUUCUGAUCGCUCGAUGUUUGGCGUCUGUCGUCUGUCUGUCUGUCUGUCGUCUGUCGUCUGUCAACAUUUGGCUUGUGUAUGCGAUAGAGGCUGUAUUUUUCAACUGAUCUUCAUGAUAUUUGGUCAGAAUGAUAACCUUGAUGAAAUCUAGGCCGAGUUCGAAAAUGGGUCAUCUGGGGUCAAAAACUAGGUCACUAGGUCAAAUCAAAGGAAAACCUUGUGUAUGCGAUAGAGGCUGUAUUUUUCAGUUAAUCUUCAUGAAUUUUGGUCACAAUAAUAACCUUGAUGAAUUCUAGGCCGAGUUUGAAAAUGGGUCAUCUGGGGUCAAAAACUAGGUCACUAGGUCAAAUCAAAGAAAAACCUUGUGUAUGCGAUAGAGGCUGUAUUUUUCAAUUAAUCUUCAUGAAUUUUGGUCAGAAUAAUAACCUUGAUAAAGUCUAGGUCGAGUUCGAAAAUGGGUCAUCUGGGGUCAAAAACUAGGUCACUAGGUCAAAUCAAAGAAAAACCUUGUGUAUGCGAUAGAGGCUGUAUUUUUCGUUUGACCUUCCCGAAAUUAAGUCAAAAUAAUAACCUUAAUGAAAUCUAGGCCGAGAUUGAAAAUGGGUCAUUUUGGAUCAAAAAGUAGGUCACUAGUUCAAAUCAAAGAAAAACCUUGUGUAUGCGAUAGAUGCUGUAUUUUUCAAUUGAUCUUCAUGAAAUUUGGUCAGAAUGAUUGCAUUGAUAAAAUAUUAGUCAAGUUUGAAUAUGGGUCAUCUGGCGUCAAAAGUUAGGUCACUAGGUCAAAUCAAAGAAAAACUUUGUGUAUGCAAUAGAAGCUGUAUUUUUCAAUAAAUCUUCAUGAAAUUAUGUCUGAAUAAUAGCCUUGAUGAAAUCUAGGUCAAGUUUGAGUAUGGGUCAUCUUGGAUCAAAAAGAAGGUCACUAGGUCAAAUCAAAGAAAAAACUUGUGUACGCUAUAGAGGCUGUAUUUUUCAACUGAUCUUCAUGAAAUUUGGUCAAAAUGAUUGCCUUGAUAAAAUGUACGUUGAGUUUGAUUAUGGGUUAUCUGGGUUCAGAAAGUAGGUCACUAGGUCAAAUCAAAGAAACACCUUGUGUAUGUGAUCGAGGCUGUAUUUUUCAACUGAUCUUCAUGAAAUUUUGUCAGAAUGAUAGCCUUGAUGAAAUUUGGGUCAAGUUUGAAUAUGGAUAAGCUGGGUUUAAAAACUAUGUCACUAGGUUAAAUAAUGGAAAAACCUUUUGUAUGCAAUAGGGGCUGCAUUUUACACUGGAUUUCAUAAUAUUUGUUCAGAAUGGUUGCCUUGAUGAAAUCUAGGUCAAGUUCGAAUAUGGGUAGUCUGGGGUCAAAAACUAGGUCACAAGGUCAAAUCAAAGAAAAACCUUCUGUAUGCAAUAGAGGCUGUAUUUUUCAAUUGAUCUUCUUGAAAUUUGGUCAGAAUGAUAGCCUUGGUUAAAUUUGAAUAUGGGUCAUCUGGGUUCAAAAACUAGGUCACUAGGUCAGAUCAAAGAAAAUACUUGUUUAUACUCAAGACUUUUUGCUCCAAUUUCAAUGAUAAUUGGUCAGAAUAUUUUUUCCAUGAAAUCAUUAGGUCAAACAUGUUUACACUGUUAUGGUGUGUUAUGGUGUGUUUCUCAGGUGAGCGACCUAGGGCCAACUUGGCCCUCUUGUUGAUUUAACUCUUUUUUUUAGCUCAUCUGUCACAUAGUGACAAGGUGAGCUUUUGUGAUCAAGUUUCGUCCAUCGUCUGUGCGUGCAUUCGUCUGUCCGUCCUUCAACAAUUUCUUGUCUGCAGUGGUUUCAUUUAUAAUUUUAUUUUAACCAAACUUGCCCACAACUUUUAUCACCAUAAGAUCUUGGUUUCUUUCUUGAACUGGCCAGAUCCCAUUAUGGGUUCCAGAGUUAUGGCCCCUGAAAGGGCCAAAAUUAGCUAAAAUUAGUCAUUGUCAUCACCCACAUCAUAUGGCACCAAUAUUUCAUGAAUUAUCCCCCAUUUUUACUUACAAUUUCAGGUUUUUGUGCACUUUCACUCCUCAGUUAUAAACAAAUGGAUUUAAAUCAAAUUUAAAGUAAUUGUUCUACAUCAUCACCCACAUCAUAUGACAUAUGGUCCAUUAUGCUCACAUCAAUUUUUCAUGAAUAAUGCCACUUUUUUUCGUAAAAUGUUUGGGUAAUUUUGAUGCAUUUUCACUAUAUCUCUGUUUUAUAUGCCCCCCCCACCUCCCCUUCGAAGAAGUAGGCGUAUAUUGUUUUGCUGAUGUUGUCGGUUGUUGAUAUGUAGACCAGUCCAUUUCUGGAUGAUAACUGAAGAACGCUUGAGCCUAGGGUUAUUACAGAAUAGAUUUGAUUCAAACUUAAAAUAGUUGUUCCACAUUAUCACCCACAUGAUUUGACACAAGAGCCAUAACUCUUGCACCAAUAUUUUAUGAAUUGUCCAACUUUUUACUUAAAAUUUCAGGUUACAGGUUAUUAUGCCCCCCUUUGAAGAAGGAGGGGUAUAUUGUUUUGCAGAUGUUGGUUGGUCAGCCGGUUGGUACAUGUAUGUAGACCAAUCCAUUUCUGGAUAAUAACUGAAGAAUACUUGGGCCUAGGAUCAUGAAAGGUGAUAGGAUGUUUGGUCAUAACCAGCAGAUGACCCCUAUUGAUUUUGAGAUCAGUAGGUCAAAGGUCAAGGUCACAGUGACCCGGAACAGUUAUUCAUUUGCCGGAUGAUAACUCAAGAAUGCUUAAGCCUAGGAUCAUGAAAAUUGACAAGAAUGUUGGUCAUGACCAGCAGAUGACCCGUUUUGAUUUUGAGAUCAAUAGGUCAAAGGUCAAGGUCACAGUGACCUGGAACAAUCAAACGGUUUCCGGCUGAUAUCUCAAGAAUGCUUUGGCCUAAGAUUAUGAAAAUUGACAGAGAGGUUGGUCAUGACCAGCAAAUGACCCCUAUUGAUUUUAAGGUCAAUAAGUCAAAGAUCAAGGUGACAGUUACCCUGAACAGUUGGAUGUUUCUGGAUGAUAACUCAAGAACGCUCAGGCCUAAGGUCAUGAAAAUUGAUGGGGAAGUUAGUCAUGACCAGCAGAUGACCCUAUUGAUUUUGAGGUCAGUAGGUCAGAGGUCAAAGUCACAGUGAUGCGGAACAGUAAAACGGUUUUUCGGACCAUAACUUGAGAAUGUUUGGGUCUAGGAUAACGAAACUUGAUAGGGAGUUGAUCAUGAUCAGGAGAUGGGCCAUAUUGCUGUUGAGGUCAGUAGGUCAAAGGUCAAGGUCACAUUGACUCGGAGUAGUUAAAUGGUUUCCUUGAUAACUCAAGAAUGCUUAGGCCUAGGAUCAUGAAAGUUGAUUUAGAGGUUGAUCAUGACCAGCAGAUGACCCCUGUUGAAUUUUAGAUCAGUAGGUUAAAGGCCAAGGUCACAGUGAUCCAGAACAGUUAAACCGUUUCUGGACGAUAACUUGAGAAUGCUUGGGCCUAGGAUCACAAAGCGUAAUAGGGACGUUAUCAUGACCAGCAGAUGACCUCUAUUGAUUUUGAGAUCAGUAGGUCAAAGGUCAAGGUCACAUUGACCCAGAACAGUAGAACUUUUUUUGCCAAAAAACUAGAGAAUGCUUUGGUCUAAGAUCACAUUUGAUAUGGAGGCCACAUAUAACUGGUAAAUGACUCAUAAUUAUUGAUUUGAGGUCAGUAUGUCAAACAUCCAGUGCACAAUGCAUCAAUGGGGGCAUUUUGUGCUCUACAAGCUCUUGAUACGAAAUGGAUUUGAUUCAAACUUUACAUUGUUAUUCCACAUUAUUAGUCACAUGAUACGACAUGUUCUGCAUUAGUCAUGCAGACAUAUUCCAUGAAUUAUGCCCCACUUUUACUUAUUUAAUGUUUUGAUACACUUUACUCCAUCUCUUUUAUUACUAAAUACAUUUGACACAGACUAAGCUAUUGUUCAAUUGAUAUCCAUCUAAACACUCUAGUGACAGCUCCAGUUUCCUCAGAUGUGCCCAGUUUCAAACAUCCAGAUAGUCAAGCAAGCUGUCUUCUGUGACAACUCUAGUUUGUUGUUUAUUUUUAUUACAUGAUAAAAUUGUAUAUUAGGCCAUCUCAGAAUGUUUUAGUUUUCAAAGAGCAGCUUUAGGUAGAAACUUGUUAAUCUUGUACAAGUUUUGAGUUCAAGGGGAUUGAUAUUUUAUAAUGUUUUCUAACCUUUACCCUGCUAGAUUCAUAAAAUGCACUGGUCUGUCAUUCAAUCUGGGCAGUACCAUUUAUUAUUGGAAGGGGUGUUCACUGAAAAUUGACUGACCAAACAGUGCAGACAGUAAUCUGUACUGGUUGCAAAGGCAAACUCAUUUGCUGUCUGCAGGCUAAAAGGUUAAUAUACUUUUUAUUAAAAAAAUUUCAAAAACACUUUGUUUGUUAAAGAAGUAUUUCUAUUUCAUUUUGACAACAAACUCUACCAUAAUUUUGAUUUGUUUUAUCCAGUAAUAACAUUAGGCAUCUAUUUUCUGUGUGCAGGGACAAGCCAGUGUUUUUACUGAAGAAAUUAAUCCUUACGCGUUUGUUUUCUGCAAGGGUACUUCAGUUACUUUAAUUAAUUAAUUUUUAUUGAUUUUAAAUUAUGAUUUAUUUUAAUAACUCAAAGUGACAACUUAAGUACACUUGGUGUGAAGUUCUUAUGACUUUUGUAAUAGCCAUUUUGUAAUUAAUAAUAAACUCUUUCUAUAGUGUAGUUAAUCUGUUAUACAUGUUUGUAAUGGUGUUUACGUCCCUCUUCCGCUUAAGCAGACCUUUAACGUUAUUGACUUUUUUCUUAUAUAUGUAGAAAGUUGUUAUUUGGUAUUUUGAUUGAUAAGAUUGACAGUAUUCUCAUAAUACCUUGAUCAUUUAGCUCGUUAUACAUAUAGAAUUUUUUGUAGUGGGUACAGGUAAUCAAUAAUUAAUAUAAUAGAUCUGUUUGCAUUUACUUCACUAAAAGUUUAGUUGAGAGUUAAUUAAGUUAAAUGACUAGAUAAAAUAUAACAGCAGAUAAUAAAUUUUAUUCUGUAUGUAUAUACAUGUAUUAUGUUUGUUUACAUUCUCUCAUCUCUUGUAUUUGUAGAUGAUGAACUUUUAUGUUCAAGUUUAUUGUAAAUAAAUUUCGGUUCUGUUCUGUUCUGUUCUGUUAACUUUAUUUUGCCUCUUUAUUGUUUAUAAAAAAAAGUCAUAACACAUCAGUCAUUUACUGUCAAAGUUUGGUGAUUUUUUGAAACUUGGUUUUAGAUGAUAAAUACUGUAGGCAUUUUUUAGAAUUUAACUUCAUGAAUAUUAUUUUGAAAUAUACAGACUUACAGUAUAGCAAACUUCCCAUUUGGGAAAUCAAUAUUUGACUUUACUGUUCUUCCUGAAUGAAAAUCUUGCUACAAAAAUAUUCUUCCUGAAUGAAAAUCUUGCUACAAAAAUAUAGUAACUGUUUUUCUGUUUGGGAUGAAUACCUGUAAUCAUCAUUUUUUGACUUGCUUCGAUCAGAAAGCCUUUGCUUAAACAAUCAAUAUUUUUUUAAUGUACUCAAAUUUGUUCUACUUUCAUAUUUCUGAAUUUCAAACCUUUUCAGAGUAUGAAUCUGUAACUUCCCCAAAUGAGCCGCACCAUGAGAAAACCAACAUAGUACAAUUGCGACCAGCAUGGAUCCAGACCAGCCUGCGCAUCCGUGCAGUCUGGUCAUGCUGUUUGCUUUCAAAGCCUGUUGGAAAUAGAGAAACUGUUAGUGAACAGCAUGGAUCCCGACCCGACUGUGCGAAUGCGCAGGCUGGUCUGGAUCCAUGCUGGUUGCAAGUGCACUAUGUUGGUUUUCUCAUGGCGCGGCUCAAAUCAGGAAGCUCAAAUACUAUAACUUCCCAACAGGAAGCAUGUUACUAUAUAUAGAAACAAGUGUCCCAUUCAGGUAGAAGGGUAAAACCUAUAGACUUACACUAAACAUUUACAUAUGCUUCAGUUAAUACUUAGUUUGUAAGUAUUCUUGUAGAUGGAAUACAUUAAGGCAUCUCAUUCAUUGCUAGAACUUUGAUAGAAAUAGAAUUCUGUCGUUUUUUUAUUUAAAAGAUUUUUAAAGUUAUUAUAACAUAUUCAGAGUGAGCCAUGGCCCCACCCCACUAAAUCUUUGGCACACCAGCCAAACCAAAAUCCUGGAUCUGCCCCUGAAAGUUUUCACUUACCUGUUAAGAGCAAAGUUUUUCAUCUUCAGUACAAGAAAACAAAUUUGAUUUUAAUCAGUUUCUAAAUAUCAAGAAAGCAUUACUUCAUUGCACAUUAUUUCAUUGUACAUAGUGCAUUUCAUAAGUUCAAUAAAAUCUAAUGGAAGUUGUUCACAGACUGUGUUUCAGAGAAUUUAUAGUUUUGAGAAAACUAUCUACAGUAACUGUGUUAGUUGUGCAUUAAAAUAUGAUAUAAAAUAGAAUAUUUUAGCUGUAGUUCACAUAUCAACUUGAACAUAAAGUGAUUUUGAUAUUGUGGUACUUGGCAGUAUGCUGUUUAAGAUUUAAUGUUUUUUUUCUUUAAAGAUGAUUAAUUUGAGAAACCUUCAGUGUUUGUCCAGGGUCUGUGAGCAACUCGGUUAGAAAAAAAAGGAUGAUGUAUGUUUAUAUGAUGUUUACUUUAUAUUUGUAAGGAAUUUUCAAGAUGAAAUGACUUGUGGAAAACAGAAAACAUUUAAUAUUUGUAUUUAUCUUCCCGAGCGUGGUAAUUAGUAGACUAGUCACUAGACUGACAAUAAAGAUAUUUCUACAAUUUUCCUUUUUUGUCGAAUUCCAUUUCAUAGUGGCAAAAGUCAGUCUGUUCUAGAGAUUUUCUUACAGGAAUGAUGUUAAAAUUAUCAUGAUAUUGAACAAAGGAUAUAGACUUCUACAUUGAAUCAUAAUGUGUAUAUCAUAGUGUAGGAGCUAAUCUAAGUAACUGGCUACUAGUUUCAAUGCAUAUUUAAGAUGUUAAAUUUUGGUCACAAGACAAUGGCAGUCUGUACUCUACAUGUAGCUUCGGUUUCACUUGGCUGAAAGGCCAGAUGGACAGUCAUUAAUUAUCACAGGAGAGUGAUUUUUUAGACAAGCCUAAAGUAAUGGCUGAUCAUACUGAUACAUUUUAACAAAUACCUUCUGCUAUAAUUGUUUAUACUUAUUUUGGUAGACAGAAUGUCUGAAAUAUAAUACAUAUCUAGAUCUAUGAAUAUUGGAAAGCAUCAAAUAAAUAUUGAUCAUUCA